AUGCUACUGGAGCUAAACCAGUUGAUAAAAAACAUUUAUAACUCUGAUACUAAAAUUAAUGGGACUUCUACCCUUAGAUUCCAUAUUCUUUCAUGUCUUAAGAACCCUCAUAGUAAAGAUACUAGACAAGCCUUGUUUACUCUACAACCUGUUGCUGCAUGUCCUGCUAAAAAUGAGGGGAAGGGACAAUUGGGGACUUGGAAAUUUAAUCAGGAAGACAUUAGGAAAGCAUUGUCUUAUAUGCUAAUCAUGGAUGAGCUACCUUUUAAGUUUGUUGAGGAUAAUGACUGGCUUCUUCAUAAAAGAAUCAUUAAUCUUGUACCUGUUUGUGGGCAUAAAGGGGACUACAUAAGUAAAACACUUGAGAAUUGCUUGCUAGGUUGGGGUCUUAAAAAUGUUUUUACAGUCACUAUGGAUAAUGUUGGUAAUAAUAACACUGCAAUUGCUACAUUUAAGAAAAAACUGAUGUUUUGGGGGACUGAUGUGUCAAGAUGUGAAUAUUUGCAUAUGAGAUGUAUUGCACAUGUCAUUAAUUUGGUUGUAUCUGAUGGCUUGAAAGAAAUGAGUAGCUCUGUUAAGAAAGUUAGAGAUUGUGUCUGUUACAUUAGGAACAGUCCAUCUAGACUUAAGAAAUUUAAAGACCUUAUUGUUGAUGCUAAACUUGGCACCAAAAAGUCCCUCUGUCUUGAUGUGGCAACCAGGUGGAACUCCACUUACUUUAUGCUAGACACUGCUUGCUUAUUUCAGUCUAUUUUUGAGAGUUAUGAAGCAUCUGAUGAGAAUUUUAGGUCUGAUAUGAUUGAAAGCAUUCCUAAUUUUUUUGAUUGA